AUGGCGUCACACGGCAAGGUUCUCGACUUAUUUGACGACCGCUACCUCAAUCUGCAGGAUGUACUUGGCAAUGUGGAGCCGUUUCCCUCGCUCGUGCCAUACGAGCAGUACGUCCGAAGCAUACUUGUUUACCAAGUCGACACCAAUCAUGAGGUUUAUAUGGCGCUGCUUCAGGAUUUCACCGACCGUUACGCACGGAGCGCACAGCUUGAGCACAAAGAGGCCUGGACCUGGUGUGUGCAAUGGGAGGUGGACAAACCAAACGCAGAUGCGCCCUGUACGCCUGCGGCGAAGAAACCACGAUUAGACCCCCUAUCUUCUGCGGCGCAAACCAAUGAGCUGACACAGCGAAAGCCACCUGCGUACACCAGAAUCGAGCGUCGUUUGCUCCACCCGGACAUGUUCCAAGAGGAAGAUAUGUUACGGAUCCUCAUCGAUAUCGUGCAGGUCGACAGCAAGCUUGUGCCCAACUACAUUGAGUUCCUCUACCAAUGGGUCGACUACUACGAAGGCGGCGGUCGGGCGCUGAAAGCUGCGCUACGCAUGGAGAUCCCGAGCCUGUGGCUGUUCGAGUACCACCCGCUUCCGCUGUUCGAUAACGACAGCGACGACAUGGAAGAGUACGGUCUUGAAAAAGCUGCAGAAGAGAUGGGCGAAAGGUUCACGAAGCGAAAAAAGCCACUAGCCUUGGAAGAUAUGGAGCGAUUGACGGAACAGAGUGAGCGCCUGGAGUAUCGGGAGGUCAAGUUUGGCAUUCAACGACCGAUCAAUCUGAACGACGAACCUCUCCCACCGCUAAUUAAUGUUCCCCACGAUUAUCAAAAGCGCCAGCAGUACUAUGCAGCGUGUUUCAAGAAUCGACAACGCGCGUUCUGGCUGUUGCAGGAGGCUGGCGUCACGGCGACACAGAUUGCGAACUAUAAGAAGCUACAGCCCAUGAGCCCGAUGAAUACUCCUGAAGACAUGAACGGAGAUGGCUGGCUCAAUUACUACAAAGAGGAGCCUUGCGCUCACGCGGCAUUUUUAGACAACCAGCGCAUGAAGGAGCUUCGUGAGAAGCAACGCGAGAUCGCCAUCAGUAAUCAGCUAGCAGAGGAAGCAAGGAUAGCUGCAACGACCAAUACAGUGAAUCCGAAUUCCCUUCUUCCACCAGCUCUUAUCCCACCAACUCCAGGACUGCCACCCCCAGUAACCUCAGGCCGUCCGGACCAGGUCGCUGCAUGGCUAGCCAGAGUGAAGGGUAUGGUCAACAAGGACCGUGACCCUCCUGUGAAGGCCGUUCCUCCUCCAAUGUUGGGAAAACCGAAGUCGAAGGUUUUUAAGCAUGCUAUCGCACGUCCUAUGCCAACGCGUACUCGUUGGGAAGUUCCCGGUGAUGAAGAUACGGACAAUGACGACGAAGACGAGGAUAACUAUAGUAAUUCGGACGACAUCGACCCAGAUGAGCGUGAACCAGAGAGCAACGAUGCCAUGGAUGCAACUUCUGGUUUAACUCCUCCACAAGCUCCGCCAAUCCCUAUUCAACCGACCCCACUGUCACAGCCUGGUCCUGUUGCGUUCCCAAACAUUGCAGUUUACUUGCGAAGUCUUAAUCCUACCCAAUUAGCCAACCUUAUGCCACUGUUGAACCCACAGGCGCAAGCAGCUAUCCGUAGAAACAACCCGGAAUUGUUUACGCAUAAUCAGGUACCACAACCACAGCAGCCUACAAUAGGUGGGGGAAUACAGUCUUCAGCGACUGGUCCCACCAAUGGAACGUCUACAGAAGUGGGAUUUCAACCCCCAUUUCCUCCAAACCUUGACGCAGCUCUUCCUCCGUCGAUCCCACAGUCACAGCAACAGCUUCUCUGGCAGAGACUGGCGCAGAUGCAGUCGCCUCAUCUUCCUGCGGCUGCCCACGGUAGUGCCGCUUAUCCUUUGAUGAGUUCGCAGUUCCAGGCGCAGAUCGGCUUGCAGCAAGCGCAGAUACAAUCACAGGCACGCCCUCCGCCUCCAUUUCCAAUGGAAGCUGCAAUGCAAGCUGCUGCGCAGUCGAACCCAUCGUCUGGAUACAUUGGACCACCACUCUCCAGCGCGUACACACUAGGUAUGGGACUGUCGCAACCGCAAACGCAGCAGACUGCUGUUCCUUCUGGCGGGGCACAAGCUACGAGUAGCUUAUCCCAGCAGCGUUCGCUACCUAAUAUGAUCGUAACACCUUUUGUGCAGCAAGCCAUUUGGGAUUGUCAAGAUGCACAAGGAACCAACGCAAUGGCUGGAUAUCUUCUUGGCACUCAACAUAUUCAAGCCCAGAACGCACCAAUUCACGACCAUCGGGAAGACGGACAUUUACUAAACUCUUCAUUGUCUGCUUCAGGCAACAUCCCAGCGAUUACGGUCACACAGCCGCAGACUGGAAGUUCAGUGCAGGGAAAUGGUGGCCCGCGAGCAAUUUCACCUGCGCUGCAAGCCCUUCUCCAAUCUAGUCGGAACAUUGCGCCAACUACAAUGCCUGCACAAGGUCAAAUCUCACAAGGUCAAAUCUCACUAGGUCAAAUCUCACUAGGUCAAAUCUCACCAGGUCAAGAUCAAGGACCAUCCAGUAUACCUCAGCCCGCACCAAGUUCUCCAGCCUCGCGAUUGCUACCGUUUCCGAACGAGUACGCUUCUCCUCGAAGUCCAGCCGUAACUUCGUUCGCACUUGAGAUGCAGGGAUCCAACCGCGCUCCCCCACCUCCCAAUCUAGCCUUACAACUGUCUCAACCUCGUCAUCUCACGCCUCCUUCAGCAGGGCUCAAUCACAGUUGUGCUUCGCUCAUGACACCCCUAGCCGGCCUCACGGGUAACCUCUCGCUCGCCUCUCCUCAAAGCGGCACUUUCCAGGCAACAUCGCCCCAAGCUGGUUCCCUUCAAGCGACCUCUCCCCACGGCAUACCGAUUCAGAUCUACCUCCCACAAAUCGUGAUAGGCCACGACAGCAACUUCGCAGGCGCUACAGACUGUCUGAUCCUAGGUUACACACAUAAAGGGACAGGAGUUCUUAAACUGUCAAAAGCAAUCUUCUUCCCGACCUCCAUCUGGGAGAACAUGCUCCGCCGCGUCCAACGCUCGCACGCCGUCGUCCUCGAAACGUACGGCCCGCCACCAAACCACCCGCGCUACGCUGCUGGGAAGGGAAUAUUGAGGAAUCCAGAUGAUGUGGACGGCCCGCAUAAGUUCGUGUACGACAAGGUGUCGCAGGUUUUCGGGCUGAUGACAGGGUGCGCGGUGAGGGAGGAGGAAGUUACGAAGAGGUGGAGGGGUCCUGGGGCGAUCGUUCAGAAGAGUUUGGAUGGUAGGAGAGGGUUUGGACUUUCCGAGGAAGAGAUGGCGGAGAAAGAGAGGAGGAGGCGCGAGAUUGAUGAGAUACUUGCUGAGGAGGAAGAGGAUGUUAGUGACGAGGGCGAAGAGAUUGAGGAGCGAAGGUAG